AUGGUUUCUUGUGCUUAAUAUUGCAUGUUUAUAUCUGCUCCAGGAUGCAUAUUCAUGACCUAUUUGGGAUUUAUGAUAGCCAUUGGAUCUGAAACUGUCUAUGUAGUACCUCAUAGUCGAAUUGAAGGUGCUUUUGCAUUGUUCAUUACAGCCGUGCUUUACGCUAUUUUUUUUGCGAUCAGCUACAAUAGUGAGUAUUCUCAGGUUUAAAGACAACAGAAUGUUGACGAGUGGAUUAAUUCUCAGGAAAUCAGAGAAGCUGAAUUGGAGAUGCAAGAUAUUCCUAAGUAGCCUUAAUCAACCCUAUAAGAAUCCGCAGAAUAAUUGCCAUAAUGA